UUGAAAUCAUGGGAAAGCCGGUCAUUUACUUCCUUUUAUUUGCUAAUUUAGCAUUUUCAGCUGUCGCACAAUCGAACUUUGUCACCUGCUCAAAUGGACAAACUUGCACACCACAUUAUGAUUGUCCAGACAUAACAGCAAUGACCUCAAAAGGUCACUUAACCCCAGAGGAAAAACAAUAUUUGAAGAGCAAACAUUGCAACAAAGUCAAAGUUCUAAACUACUUCUGUUGUGGUAAUGAAGCACCACAGCCAAAACCUACGGUUACAGAGCCAUUACCAAAAACUACGGUUACACAAUCAUCGGCAAAGCAAUUUUUCCCUGAACCUCCAGCUUGUGGAUCUUAUCAACAAGAUCGAAUUUAUGGAGGUCAAAACACCAACAUUGAUGACUAUCCUUGGGUUGCUCAAAUUUUAUACUCGAGACCACGAAGAUCAAUUGGCAUCCACUGCGGAGGAAGUCUUAUAAACCAACGUUGGGUCCUUACAGCUGCACAUUGCGAUAUUAUGAUUAAACAAAGAGUAAAUUAUGACAUUGUUGGAGUUCGACUAGGUGAUUGGGACACUAGAACAAAUCCUGACUGUCAACAACUUGUUAAUGAACGUGUAUGUAACGUUCAAUAUGUUGAGGUUCCUGUUGAAAAAAUUAUAUCACAUGAAGGAUACGACAUGCACUCAAGAAAUCAAUACAACGACAUUGCACUUUUAAAGCUUCAACGAGAUGUCGUUUAUACUGAUUGGAUUAAGCCAAUCUGUUUGCCUUUAACUUCUGAUUUAAGAGAUAUUGAUUAUACAGGACACAGCUUGGAUGUUGCUGGAUUUGGAAAAACCUCAGAAACUGAAAACUCUAGUCCAGUCAUGAAAAGACUUGAUAUAGAUGGAAUUGCAAGGAACAAGUGUCAACAAUAUUAUAGUACACAGAACGUUAAUCUAGAUGAUUCUCAGAUCUGUGCAGGCGGUAAAAAAGACGAAGACAGUUGUAAUGGAGAUUCAGGAGGUCCACUCAUGAAAUACGGAAAUUUUCCAAAUUCACUUGCUGCUUAUUACAUGCUUGUUGGAAUCGUCUCAUUUGGUCCAAUCAAUUGUGGUACACAGGAUGCUCCAGGAGUCUAUACUCGUGUAUCUGAAUACAUGGAUUGGAUUGAGAACAAGGUUCAAAAUUCGUAAUUUUGAUUACUAAGUUGUGGAUCGU